AUGCCUGUAACAAGUCGAGGCGUGGUGCAACUUACACCCGACACCACCUUGGCGACGUCAACUCGCAACUACUUGAACAACCUGCCUCCCUCGUUGGCGACUCUUCAGACCGGGCUCGCCCUCUUUGCAGUUGUUGUUAUUGCUCGGUUCUGCGUCGUCAGGCUGUACCUAUGGUUGCGACAAGUGCGCGGUGCUGAGCGGCAUACCAGUAUUCUCCCAACUACCAGAUCGCAUAUUCUAUCAGCACCGCAUCAUCAACUGCUGCCGUCGCGGCCCAUCUGGACAAUGGACGAGAAGGACAUUACGCCGCCCACCACUCAGGAGGACCUCAUCCCUGGCGAGGGUCUAGGGGAAGACAAGUCGACCAGAGGCAAGAAACUAGUCAUCAACCCCAACUGGCAGAGCAGCGCGUUGCCAAUGCAGGUCAUGUCGCGUCCACCUCCUGCGCCGCCUCUGACGCCGCCCGAGUUGAGCACCGCCGUCUUCACGUUUGACGACCGGCCGCGACCGGGGGAGGAUAGCUUCAUCCACCAGCCGAAUCCGGAUUACAUGUCGUCGACCACCAGCGCCAUCCUGCCUCCUCGCUCAGCAUCUCCUUCCAUCGCCCGCCGGCGCUCGUACAACAAGACGCUGCCCAUCGGUGUUCCCGUUCCCGCGUCUCUUGUCCAAGGCACUUCGGAUGCUGCCGAUCUUACUUUUUCACCCAGUUCCUACCCACCCACGAGUCCGUUGCUGCCCCCAGCCCCACCAAACGCAGGGGCCAAGGGGAUCGACGUGCAGGGCGAGAUUAUCGGCGUUCUGGAUGCCGAGGGCGCUGGUUGGACGAGACAUACGCGUGUCUAUGGCGGCGGUGUUUGUCUCGCCUGUGCGGCCUCCGGCGGCAACCACGGCGGCGGAUUCUACGGAGCAACGGUGCGACCUGAGGAGAUGCGGUGAUGGGUAAAAGAUGCAGCUGGUAAUUUCAUCAUGGCUGGGUUAGGCUGGCUGGCUUUGGGGGAUCCCAGGCGUAACGACCAUUUACGACUUUUCAUGUUAGAGUGGACGCAUUACAAAGGGUGCAACUUGCGGCAAGGGUUUUACUCGUCUUGGUUACCACAACGGCGUGUGACAUACUGAGGCAGCAUUGUUUUUCUCUUUUUUUUUUCUUUUCUUUUCCUUUUCUGUCCUUGUUUUGGUUUCUUGGGGGCACCGUCAAAGUACAUAAUACCCUUUUUAAAGGUUACUCUGUGAGCUUUUAGGCCACACCGGGAGGGUUGAAGUUGUAUUUCACAGUGUUACAUAUGUCAGGGUUCAUACUCUGACUCAUGAUGAUAUGAUGAUAUUUGUUUCUUGUU